ACGCGACAGCUUCUGAUCAUGUGACGCUUCUGUAUUUUAUGUCCUUUUUGACAAUUUCUUAUUUUGAUGUAAACGUAGUGCGACGCAGAAUGGGUUAUAUCUCGUUGUUGAUUUUGAAUAUUUGUCUUUUUUGUACCUGUUCAGCUUCACCACCGAACUUCGUCCUGUUAUUCGCCGAUGAUCUGGGUUUCGGGGAUUUGGGCUGUUAUGGACACCCCAGCUCACUCACUGCGAGCCUGGACGGUCUGGCUGCGAGAGGACUCCGGUUCACAAAUUUCUACUGCACCAGCCCCGUUUGCAGCCCGUCCAGGGCGUCAUUGCUGACAGGGCGCUAUCAGACCCGCUCAGGUGUCUACCCAGGAGUGUUUUACCCAGGCUCUAUAGGUGGUCUUCCUCUGAAUGAGACCACCAUUGCUGAGGUACUGAAACCUCUGGGCUAUGCCACUGCUGUUGUAGGGAAGUGGCACCUGGGACUUGGUGCCAAUGGGACGUUUCUUCCAACCAGGCAGGGGUUUGACCAGUACCUGGGGGUCCCUUACUCCCAUGAUCAGGGCCCCUGUGGGAACUUGACUUGUUUCCCUCCAGAUGUUAAAUGUUUUGGCACAUGUGAUGUUGACACUGUAACUGUCCCACUAAUGUAUAAUGAGGUCAUCAAGCAGCAACCAGUCAACUUCCUGGAACUAGAAAAGGCUUACAGUGACUUUGCAACCAAUUUCAUUACCACAUCAGCAGAGAAAAAACAACCUUUCUUCCUCUAUUAUCCCUCCCAUCACACCCACUACCCCCAGUAUGCAGGACCAGGGGCAGCUGGCCUGUCUUUAAGAGGGCCAUUUGGGGAUGCUCUGUUGGAGUUUGACAACACUGUAGGACACCUACUGACAACCCUGGAGAAGACAGGUGUGAUCAACAACACACUGGUCUUCUUUACAUCUGAUAACGGACCUGAAACGAUGCGGAUGUCCCGUGGAGGUAAUGCUGGCUCUCUCAAAUGUGGGAAAGGUACCACAUAUGAUGGGGGCAUGAGAGAACCGGCCAUUGCCUACUGGCCAGGAACAAUUAGGCCAGGUGUGACUCAUGAGAUGGCCAGCACUUUAGAUAUCCUCCCCACCUUCACAAGUUUGGCAGGAGCCAAACUGCCUCAGGUGAUGCUGGAUGGGGUCGACAUGACAGAAAUUCUUCUCAAACAUGGAAAGAGUAAAAGGGAGACAAUUAUGUUCUACCCUACUGAUCCCAGUGAGAAGUAUGGAUUGUUUGCUCUCAGAUUGGGGAAGUACAAGGCCCACUUCUACACUCAGGGUUCUACCCACAGUGCUACUACCCCAGACUAUGACUGCUCACCAUUAACAGUCCUCGAGGUCCAUGACCCCCCUUUGAUUUUUGACCUGGAGGCUGACCCCUCAGAGAAUUACCCUCUCUCAUUGGAAGGGCGACCUGAUCUGCAGGCCGUGCUGGAGAAAAUUAAGAUAGUCAAGAAGCAGUUUGAAGCCUCCAUGGUGUUUGGAGAGAGCCAGAUAUCAAAAGGAACAGACCCAAAGCUGGAGCCUUGCUGUAAUCCUCAGUGCAGCCCCAAACCGAGGUGCUGCCAUUGUUGAUUGGAUAAAUUCUCACAAGGGCCAAUGAAGAUAAUGGUGGAAAGCAAAGAGGUACUGCACUGGUUUUAUGCUAAAAUUGCUCAAUGAAAACGCAAGAUGUGCAGGAUUUUGUAAUUGUCUGAUUAUGCAUUGCUCUUUGUUUGUGGACAGCUAUACUUUAGUUACUUAUAAAUACUGUAAACAGUCUGUUUCCACAGGGAGAAGAUGAUUUGUUUAAAUGUUAAUACUGAUUAGGAACUACACUAAUGCACUUUAUAACAAACAUGAUUCCUAAAAAAAGAUGUACAUAGAAACAUUUUAGGAGAUGUGACUAAAGGAGUAGACUGUAAAAUAGUAAUUUGGGAGGGGUAGUUUAAAUGAAAAGCAUAGUGGGCACAGCUGAUAAACCUCUGUUCUGUCCUAUAGUAUGGGCUAUUGUGUUUUAAUGAUAUGAAUGAAUGAAUAAUGUUUUUGCUGAUAAAAUCUACACACAAUUUUAUGUCCACCACACUGUCUGUCAAAGACAACAUAGAUACAGGGUUGUGACAGCAGCUGUGUGAUACAUCAGAUUUAAAAUGGGUGUUUAUAAAGAAGUUGUUUACUUCUUUGCAUCAUACUGUACAUGGUGUUCACUGCUGUAUGCCGGUAAGUUAUGGUCCUGUGUUAACCAAGUUUAAUGCAGUAGAUCUUUGACUAGAGGCAUGAAACCCAGCAUAUACAUCAUGUGAUACUCUAUGGGUGGACGGUAUAGUAGGCUUUGCGACAUCUGGUGGCCAAACAGAGAACUGCAGGUUGGUCCUUAUGAGCGUCAUGCAGGGUUAAAAACACUGCAUUACUGGUGCAAUGCCACCAACAGGGCACUGUAAAAACAAAAUAAUCAAGAGUAGAUCUGAACAAUAAAGACAGUAAUAAAGGUUUUGGACACCAAGCAUAUAUUUUAUUCAUAAGACCAAACUCAUGACAAGGCAGAGUGAUUUUUUUGUCUUUUUGUUUGUUUGUUUUUCUCUUGAAUUUUACAAGUCCUUGUUUGUGAAGGUACAAGAUAGGAUAUGUUUGUUCUGUCACAUACUGUUUUGCUCUAGGUAUACGGUGAAGAAUCGUGAAGAAUCUUGUUAAUGUAAUAGUCAAAUAUUUGGUUCAACUGGUAAUGUGUCUCAGCAGGUAUAUGGGACUAUCCUCAGUCUUUUUAUUGUGUAGCUGUGUGAACAGAAGGAUUUUAAUUAGGCUGUAACAAUAAACAAAAAAGAAGAAAAUAGAUAAAAUUUUUCGAUUUAGUGGGAUAUAAGACUGCUGUGUUUAUGUAUA